AUGUAUUUUAAUUAUUCCGAUAAUGUUCCUAGAGAUACCUCAUUUGCUAUACUCGAUUUCUAUUCACCUUAUCUUAUAAAUGAAAGCCCUACAUUUUAUUCAGUUUGGAAUGAAAAUAUUAAAAUGUUUCAAAUUAAAUUUUACAUUGAAGCAAAUAGCCCCCGUGGAGUUUACCAAUUCUACUUUUCUACUAUUGACGGUCAGGUUAUACAUAGCUAUUCUCUAAAUACUCAACUAAGAAUUGAUAAAACAAAUUUAGACUACCAAGGACCAAUAUUCAAAGAAAUAUCAAAGAUUUUACCCAAAAAAACUGAUGGAUUAAAUAUUAAACAUGGUAUAUUUGGUUGGACCAUUACAAUUGAAGAUCAAAUCAAUGGUUUUGAUUAUGGCUAUAUUGUUAUCAAAGGUCAAAUUGAUCAAUCAUAUUACAAUAUAUCACUAACACCAGAAACGAAUAUUAAAUCGGGUAAUUUAUACAUUGGUGUUUAUGAUAUUAAAUUAAACAUAUCAUUCCCAUGCAUUACCCAAGACUAUGUUAUCGAUGAAGUAAAGCUAAUCGAUAGAACUGGUAGAGUUGCUUAUUUCAGU